AGUUAUUUUUUAAUUAAUAGGUUAAUGUUGUAAAUUCUGGAACAUCAUGGAAGAUAACCCUUUUUAUGGAACAUAGAGAUAACCAGGAAGAAAUUUUGAAAGGUGGAGAUGUUUUACGUUUAUUUCAUGCUGAACAGGAAAAAUUUUUGACAAUGGAUGAGUAUAAAAAGAAGCAACAUGUAUUUCUGCGAACAACUGGUCGUACAUCAGCAACCUCUGCAACUAGUAGCAAAGCAUUGUGGGAAGUAGAGGUUGUACAACAUGAUCCUUGUCGAGGAGGUGCUGGUCACUGGAACUGCUUAUUUAGAUUUAAACACUUAGCAACAGGACAUUAUUUAGCUGCUGAAAUUGAUGAUGAUGAAACAAUGGAUCAAAUGCGUUCAAAAUUAAGAGAUGUUCAUGGAAGCCCUGUAUAUCAUUUGGUGUCAGUACCUCAUUCCAAUGAGAUAGCUUCACUUUUUGAGCUAGAUCCAACAACCUUAAGCCGAGGAGAUUCCUUAGUACCUCAAUCAUCUUAUGUUAGAUUACAUCAUUUAUGUACAAAUACUUGGGUUCAUAGUACAUCAAUACCCAUUGACAAAGAUGAAGAAAAACCCGUUAUGUCUAAGGUUGGAAGUGCCCCUAUGAAAGAAGAUAAAGAAGCAUUUGCUUUAAUUUCAGUUUCUCCAUCUGAAGUACGAGACUUGGAUUUUGCAAAUGAUGCAUGUAAAGUUUUAGCAUUCAAUUCAGCUAAAUUGGAACAGGGAACCUUAUCAUCUAAUGAACGACG